AUGGCUAUUAAAUUGGACAUGUCAAAGGCUUAUGAUAGAAUUGAGUGGAAUUUUGUUCGUGGAAUGUUGCAUGCCAUGGGAUUUCCUGAGGCUUUUGUUGGUCUUGUCCUUCGGUGUAUCUCAUCUGUUUCUUAUUAUAUUUUGAUCAAUGGCCAACCCAGCAAGCCAAUCUCCCCUGAAAGAGGCCUUCGACAAGGGGACCCCCUAUACCCUUACCUGUUUAUUCUAUGCGCUGAUGUUUUGUCAGGUUUGUUGUCAAAAGAAGCUAAGCUCAAGAAGAUCCAUGGCAUCCAAGUAGCUAGAAAGGCGCCCAUAAUUUCACAUCUGUUAUUUGCGGAUGAUAGUCUGUUGUUUGCGCGUGCAAAUGUAGUAGAAGCUGAGACAAUCUUGCAGGUUCUUAAUUCUUACUAG